GUUGCGCGUUCUGCCAGCCAGAGAGCGCGUGAACAACAGCAGCUCACGAGUGCGUCUUCAUUCACUCUAGUGCUGAGCGGAGAGCAGCAGUCAUGGCAACUACAACAGCAGAAGCAGAGACUCGCCAGAGGCUACUGCGAAACGUCAAGAAGGAGGUUAAGCAAAUCAUGGAGGAAGCAGUCACAAGGAAGUUUGUGCAUGAAGACAGCAGCCAUAUUGUAUCAUUUUGUGCUGCUGUUGAAGCGUGUGUCCUUCACGGUUUGAAGCGGAGGGCCGCUGGGUUCCUACGAAGCAACAAGAUAGCAGCGCUCUUCACUAAAGUGGCCAAGAGUUUCCCUCCAGCUGAGGAGCUUUGCAGGAAAGCCCAAGAGCUGGAGUUGAUCUUUGAAAACAGGCGAAGCCAGUCUCUGUCAUACAGUGAGAGUACCCGUAAGAUGUCCAAGUCCCCAAACCUUACUCCUCAGUCUAUCAGACAUGUGUGGAUUCACACUGCACUCAUCUUGAAGGUGCUUGACAAGAUUGUGCUCUACUUGGUGGAAAACAGCAGUAAGUUUUAUGAAAAAGAAGCUAUCCUAAUGGACCCUGUGGAUGGACCUAUCCUCGCCUCUUUGUUAGUGGGUCCUUGUGCAUUGGAGUAUACUAAAAUGAAGACGGCUGAUCAUUUCUGGACAGACCCUUCAGCUGACGAGUUGGUUCAAAGGCAUCGUAUUCACAGCGGCCACUGCCGACAAGACUCUCCUAUUAAAAGACCUGCCCUCUGUAUUCAGAAGAGACACUCCAGUAGUAGUAUGGAUGAAAGACCCUCUCCGUCCCCAUCUGCUCGGGAUUACGUGGAAUCUCUUCAUCAGAAUAACAGAGCAACCCUCCUGUUCGGGAAAAACAAUGUGCUGGUGCAGCCGAGGGACGAUAUGAAGGCAAUCCCAGGAUACCUCUCUCUGCACCAGACGGCUGACAGCAUGACUUUGAAAUGGACGCCAAAUCAGCUAAUGAACGGCUCCGUGGGAGAUCUCGACUAUGAGAGAAGUGUUUUCUGGGACUAUGCCAUGACUAUUCAUUUGGAGGAAAUUGUGUACCUGCACUGUCACCAGCAGGUGGACUGUGGUGGGACAGCGGUUCUGGUUAGUCAAGAUGGGAUCCAGAGACCUCCAUUUCGUUUUCCUCGUGGUGGCCACCUCCUUCAGUUCCUCUCCUGUCUGGAAAAUGGUCUGCUCCCUCAUGGCCAGUUGGACCCUCCGCUUUGGUCCCAGAGAGGAAAGGGAAAAGUAUUUCCCAAACUAAAGAAGAGAUGUACACAGGGAUCUUCAGAUUCUGCCUCAGACAAAGAAGAGGACGAGGCAACGGAUUAUGUCUUCCGCAUUGUGUUCCCAAACAGCCAAUCAGAAUUUGUAGCACCAGAAUUGAUAGAUCAAGGAGCAAACAUGUGGCACCCCACACCAAGGAAAUCAUCGUGUUCUUCCUGCUCGCAAAGUAGUUUUUCUGAUGGAGGACCACCCAAUGGCUGCAACCAUGAAAGAGCCCCUCUGAAGUUGCUAUGCGACAACAUGAAGUCCCAAAUCAUCUCUCGGGCUUUCUAUGGAUGGCUGGCGUACUGUCGUCACCUGUCCACGGUACGCACUCACCUGUCUGGCCUUGUCAAUCACACGAUUGUGGAGCCAAAUGUGCCCAGUGAUGCUUACGAAGGCCUUACGACUGAAGUUUGGCUGAAGUUCCUUCAAGACUGCAGGACCUGUGAGGAGACGGAGAUUCUACGCCUUGUUUAUUUCGGUGGAGUUGAACCCUCUUUACGCAAGGAGGUCUGGCCCUUCCUGCUGGGUCAUUACCAAUUUGGAAUGUCUGAGGCAGAGAGGAAAGAGGUGGAUGAGCAGAUGCGAGCGUGUUACGAGCAGACAAUGAGCGAAUGGCUGGGGUGUGAGGCCAUUGUUAGGCAAAGAGAGAAAGAACAGCACGCCGUGGCUUUAGCCAAGUGUUCCUCUGGUGCAAGUAUGGACAGCACCACACACAGAAUAAUGCACAGAGACUCCACUAUCAGUAAUGAGUCCUCACAGAGUUGCAGUUCAGGCAGACAAAGAGAUUCCAGGCUGCAGAGUGACUCCAGCAGCAGCACUCAGUUCUUCACUUCCCAAAACCCCUUCCCCUGGAGUAGUCUGCUUCCCUUUGGCUUGAUCUUUCAGGUCUUUGAGUCUGUCGAAGAGGUCGACCAGAUCGAAACGGAGCCCAAGAGCGAUAGCGUCAAACAAGUACCUAAAUUCUCAAAUGAAUCCCAGAACAUCACCAGUUCUCCAGACUCUGGUCACCCCUCUUCCAGAAACUUCUCAGUUACGUCUGGUCAAUCAGACUCCUUGAGCACAGAGGACAGUGGGAUACAUGAGCCGAACCUCAAAGCCUUGCGGCCACCGCUUCAGAGCCCAACCAUCACCAGUCAGGCUGAAGAUCACAACAACGUGACCAAAAUGGAAGUGGGUGGCUCUAUUGAGAGAACUUUGACUUCAGAAAAUGAAACAGAACCAAAGAUAGAUAAGAAUCAGGUAGGAGUUGAGACAACACAGAAGACUGUGAAAACCAAGGAAGCCUCAGGUAGUAUAAAAGCUGAUUCAUUAAAGUCCACCAGAAAAUCUGAAUGUCUAACAAGCUUUACUGCAGAACAGACAAAUGAGAAGGUUGUUAAAAAUAUGACCACAAACAAAGACAUGCAGAGAAAUGCCCCAAGGGUAGAAGAGACCAUCGUCCCACUGGUGCAUGAAGCUUUCAGCACGAGCGAGAUGAGCGAUGCUCAAGCCGCAGCCGAUUCGGAUGAGUCACCCACUGCCAUUGAAAUGGAGGAUAUUCCUACAGCCAAGGUUUGCAUGGUUUGGGACAGGAAGAGCAAGACCAAUGAGCAGACUGCGGUGCCAUUACUGGAGCUCAGGCUAGAGGAAGUUCAUGGUAAGGCCGGCCUUGAAGAUCCAGACUCUAUCCUGUCUGAGGAACUAGUGAUGGAGAAUCUCUGUCCACAAUUUGAUUCGCUCGCAGUGAACACAGAAAAGAUGGAAGUUACAUCUCCAGUUUCCUCAGUAGGGACCACAUAUUCUCAAGAGCUUUUGGACAUGUACACUCUUAACCUGCAUCGAAUAGAUAAAGAUGUUCAGCGCUGUGACCGAAAUUACUUCUACUUCACACCUGCUAACUUGGAGAAACUGCGCAACAUCAUGUGCAGUUAUAUUUGGCAGCACCUUGAAAUUGGAUACGUCCAGGGCAUGUGUGAUCUUCUAGCACCCUUGCUUGUUAUUCUAGAUGAUGAGGCAAUGGCCUUUAGUUGUUUCACUGAACUCAUGAAAAGGAUGAAUCAAAACUUUCCCCAUGGAGGUGCCAUGGACACCCACUUUGCCAACAUGAGAUCCCUCAUCCAGAUUUUAGAUGCAGAGAUGUUUGAGUUAAUGCAUCAGAAUGGAGACUACACGCACUUCUACUUCUGCUAUCGCUGGUUCCUCCUCGAUUUUAAAAGAGAGUUGGUGUAUGAUGAUGUGUUUGCGGUUUGGGAGGUCAUCUGGGCUGCUAAAUGUGUCUCUUCCGGCCAUUUUGUGCUCUUCAUCGCUCUUGCAUUGGUGGAGAUAUACAGAGACAUCAUUCUAGAAAACAACAUGGACUUCACAGACAUAAUCAAGUUUUUCAAUGAAAUGGCAGAGCAUCACAACAUCAAGCAGAUUCUGACUCUAGCACGAGACCUGGUGUGCAAAGUACAGACACUUAUAGAAAACAAGUAAUUACAAACCUUUCACCUCUACUCUCACUUAUAUCCCAUAAGCCCAUGCAAAAAAAAAAAAAAAACAGUGGGGAGGAUUUGGCCAACACUUAAUGAGCAUACGUUUAUAUGGUAGGUAUCAUGGCACUUCCAAUGCUAAACAUUUUGCUCUACCUGAAAUCAAUCAAAUGAGUCCUCUCGGUCUUAUCAGGUUUUACUGAACAUCAGUCAUGGUACGUAAAUUUUUAUGAAUAAUUUGAGAUGAUGAUUCACUCUGUAACAAAGAAUUUUACAGUACAUCUUUCAAAAUACACUAAAAAUGACCAGUGGCUUGUGAUUUAUAGUUUCCUCAGAAGUUCAGGUCUGGGCUAUUGUACUCUUAAGGGGGGCGGUCGCAGUAAAUUAUGUGGUCUGUUCACUUCCAUUCAUACAUGUGAAAGAGCUAGACAGCAAGCAUAAUGCGUAUCGUUGUCUUUCGCUAUGUACCAAAGUUUAGGUUUGGUGACCUGCGAAACUGUAUAAAGAUGCCUGAUUAUUAGAAAAUGUCAACACAAAAUAGUUUACAACUGUAUCAAAGUUUACAACAAUAGGAAAGAGAAAUUUGAAGACUGUAUAUUUUAACACUAACUGUAUUUAAAGGGGUGGUUUCCCGGUCGGGAAUUAAGUCUAGUUAAAGGAAUAGUCUACUCAAUUUCAAUAUUAAAAUAUGUUAUUACCUUAACUAAGAAUUGUUGAUACAUCCCUCUAUCAUCUGUGUGCGUGCACGUAAGCGCUGGAGCGCGCUGCGACGCUUCGAUAGCAUUUAGCUUAGCCCCAUUCAUUCAAUGGUACCAAUCAGAGAUAAAGUUAGAAGUGACCAAACACAUCAACGUUUUUCCUAUUUAAGACGAGUAGUUAUACGAGCAAGUUUGGUGGUACAAAAUAAAACGUAGCGCUUUUCUAAGCGGAUUUAAAAGAGGAACUAUAUUUUAUGGCGUAAUAGCACUUUUGGGAGUACUUUCGACUCUGCGCAGUAACACCCUCCCUCUCCCAUUAUGAGAAGGAGAAGGGGAGCGGACUUUUCAGGCCAGUCGAAGUACUCCCAAAAGUGCUAUUACGCCAUAAAAUAUAGUUCCUCUUUUAAAUCCGCUUAGAAAAGCGCUACGUUUUAUUUUGUACCACCAAACUUGCUCGUAUAACUACUCGUCUUAAAUAGGAAAAACGUUGAUGUGUUUGGUCACUUCUAACUUUAUCUCUGAUUGGUACCAUUGAAUGAAUGGGGCUAAGCUAAAUGCUAUCGAAGCGUCGCAGCGCGCUCCAGCGCUUACGUGCACGCACACAGAUGAUAGAGGGAUGUAUCAACAAUUCUUAGUUAAGGUAAUAACAUAUUUUAAUAUUGAAAAUGAGUAGACUAUUCCUUUAAAGACUUAAAUGCAUGUUUGAGAGCUGUCUUAACAAAAAAAAACAUCUUAAAAUAUAUCAGUGCCAUUGCUUUGUGUCAAGCAGUAAUGUUUUUGUAAGGUACAGUGGGGCAAAAAAGUAUUUAGUCAGCCACCAAUUGUGCAAGUUCUCACAAUUAAAAAGAUGAGAGAGGCCUGUAAUUUUCAUCAUACACUUCAACUAUGAAAGACAAAAUGAGAAAAAAUCCAGAAAAUCACAUUACUUAUUUUCCACCAUAAUUUGCAAAUAAAUUCUUUAAAAAAUCAAUGUGAUUUUCUGGAUUUUUUUCUCAUUUUGUCUCUCAUAGCUGACCUAUGAUGAAAAUUACAGGCCUCUCUCAUCUUUUUAAGUGGGAGCACUUGCACAAUUGGUGGCUGACUAAAUACUUUUUUGCCCCACUGUAUGUAAAAACUACUUGCAUUUUCUAAUGUAACUAAGGCCUAGUCCUGGCUUAAUCUAAACCCUGUUCGAGAAACUGCCCCAACAUGUCUUUCUGUGCCUAUUUAUUUACAGUUUAUGUAAAUCUGAAGCGUGACAUCAUAUCCUGUAGCCCAUAUUUAUCGUGAUGUCUAAAAUGUGGUAGAGAUUUUGCAUGCUUAAUGUAGUGAGACCGUCCCUUAACACCCAUGUAAACCUGCACACUUCAUUGAUGUGAUCUGAUGUGCCAUUUUUUUCCAGUUACUUUCUUCUAGCAGUAGGGGUCACUGUGCUUUCAGUGUUCUGACCUUUUGCAUAAAUUUCUGUAUUUAUUUUAAAACCAAUGUCUUUAACUGUGAGUUGUUACUAAAUCAAAUCAGGUUAUUGUAUGGCACAGUAUUCUAUUGGAGAAUACAAAGAAAUGUCUGUGGGUAUUAUUUAGAACAGCGAAAAAAUGUGAACCUGUUUGUAAAAUCCAGGCUGAAGUCUCAUAAUCGAAUUAUGAGUUUGAUUUCAGUCAUUGAUUUUAAUCUUUGACAUGACCUUAGUCAAUAUUAAAGAUAUUUAAGUUAUUUUCACAGAAUGUUAUUAAUGGGGCGGUUUUCGUCCUAGUCCCACACUUUGAAAGUGUAUGUUUGAGCUAACAUAUAUCAGUGCCAUUGUGUUGUCUUAAAAUGCACACCUGUAUUGUUUCUUUUCUUUUAAUAUAACGAAGGCCUAGUCCUGGAUUAAUCUAAACCCUGUCUGGGAAAACGCCCCUGUAUCAUAGGAUGAUUUUAUGUGAAAACAAUUCAUCACAAAAAAUGACUUUAGCUGGGUUUUCACAGACUGGAUCACAAAUGUGUCCGUAAGUAGUUUUCUCUUUGUAAUUGUGAAGAAUUUAUUAUUAUUAUUAUAUGGGUUUUCCAUUUUGUUUGUAUUGUUUGAGGUUAGUACUGUGUUUCAGUGCAAUAGUGUCACGCUUUCAAUCACCUUUAUGAAAAUCUGCCAUUAAUAUUGAUUUUCAGAUUCAGUGUCUGUAUGAGAGCGUGUGUGCGUGUGUAUGGACCUAGAUAAUUCACAAUCACAACCGCAAGGCCUUGUCUGCUUGAUGUAUUACUGCUAUUUGUGAACUGUACAGAAAAAUACAUGCUAUAUUUAUUAUAUAGAAAGAAUCUAUAUUAUUAACUUCAGUCAUUCGUUACACAUAUUUGAGAGUAAACCUUUCGAUAUUUACACAGAAAUCAAAAUCAUCAGUGCUCUUAUUUAUUUUCCAAUUAUGAAAUUGAUUUUGUAAUAAAUUUAAAUUGUGUUUCUUCAUUCUCCAGCCACAUUAUACUUUGCUGUAGUUCUCUCCCAUUUAAUCCAUCACCAUCAAAACGCAUAUAAUUCAUUUUAAUCCUCUUAUAACGUCUUGUUACAA